CAGCUAAGACCUUCCCGCUCGGGAUCUCCCCGCCCCCUGAAGAUCAAUCUAUUCCCCUUUGAACGCAAGCCUUGAAUACCUAGGUACCGCCGUCUCUCAGUCCUGAGUCGUUGAUACAACCGGAGAACUUUCCGUUUCUAUCUCUGCGCUAAGAUAAGGCUGGAAUAUCAAGACCUAUGCAACGCUGGUCAAUUAAUAUACCUAAAUUACUAACGACGGAUAGCAGCAGGGUGCUCGCAUACACCUACCUAGAUAUUUUAUAGAAAUGAAAGGGUGUUACGAGCUGAGACUGUAAUCAACAGGCGUGCAAUCGGAUUCGAGUGAUAUCUACGAUAUAUGCAGUUCGUGAUAUUGCUUUGAUAUGUGGCAACCCCCCGUUCCAACGUGUCGGGUCUUCAUCGUGAUGAGGAAAGUUAACAAAGUGCAUAUAAGUCGGAUAUGACCGGUCGAUAUGGAGUGUGAUCUCGACCGCCACUCGCUUAUUGGGCCGGGCACGGGCACGGGCGUAAUGAUCCUAUCGUUAAAAACCCGCCGGUCAUAACUGCAUACACAGCGCUCAAGGUCAGCAUAUCACGAUCGCAAUCUGCCCACCAUGCACUUCUCAACACCCCAUCUUACCCUAUCCGCCCUCCUAAGCACCAUCAUAGCAAUUACACCUACCACAUCUGAACAAACCCAACAACUCGGUCCUCUGCAGGCCGUGGUAGACGUUCUCGAGGCCAUCGGAAGCGCACCUCCACCGGAGAUCAUCUGGACUCCAUCUCCGUCGCCGGAAUGUGCCGCGAUCAACCAAGGAGAACUACAAUGCUGCCAAGGCAGUCUAGCUGGCGAUUUGCCGCUGAUUCAGUUCCUAGCGGCCGUCUACGGGUAUAAGCUAAAUCCCAAUGAUGUCAAUGGUAUCUUAUGUAAUGACAAUUUAGCAACUUGUCCCGGUGUUAAAGUGUGCUGCCAAGUCACAGCUCUGAACCCUCUUGCGUCCUUAUACUGCCAGGACUUCAAAUAGUAUGGAGAUUGGUAUUGAUCGCUGUCAGCAUUGGACUUGGCUAGAUGUGAAAUCCGGACAAUAGUGGGAGAUGAUAUUAACUGGAUCUUUGGAGAAGUUUCUUUCAUUUUGUCUAAAUCUGCAUGUUUCUCAUAACUGUACAUGUUGACACAUUGA